AUGGGGGUUGCAUCAAGAUUGCUAUCAACAGUUUCCAAGAAGACAAUCAAACCUUUUUCUCCCACCCCAUCUACUCAAAGAUUGCACAAGCUUUGCCUUCCUGGCCAAGCCUUCCCUCCCAAUCAUAUACCCUUGGUGUUUUUCUACCCCAAACAACAAGUAGAUACCAUAUUCCCAAAUGGACAUAAACAACGACUAUCUAAAUUUCUAGAGAUCUCUUUAUCAAAAACAUUAACUUGUUACUAUCCAUGGGCAGGACGUCUAAAAGAUAAUGCCACUGUAGAAUGCAAUGAUGUUGGGGCCGAGUAUUUUGAAGUUCAAAUUAAUUCUUCAAUGGAUGAAGUUCUUCAUCACUCAGAUUCAAGAAUCAAGGAUUUGGUCACAUUUCCUCAAGGUGCACCGUGGGGGAAGUGUAUGGAUCGUGCUUUAGCUAUAGCACAACUCAGCCAUUUCGAGUGCGGAGGAAUAGCAAUCAGUGUCUGUUUAUCACACAAAGUGGGAGACGCAUGCAGUUGCUACUGCUUUUUAAGGGAUUGGGCCUCAUUAACACGAGAUCCAAACACGAAAAUCGCGUCUAGUCCAUACUUUGUUGAGGAUUCCGUAAUACCAUCACCACUGCCUGAUGGUCCUCUUGCUUCUCCGGUGAGUAAAAAAAAGCAAGAAUGUAUAGAAAAGACUUUUGAUUUCUCUGCCUUGAAAAUAAGUCCCCUCAAAGCCUUUGUUGAAGCUGAAUCAGGAGUACAAAAUCCGACAAGGAACGAGGUCGUGAAUGCACUUGUUUACAAAUGUGCUGCUAAUGCAGCUUCCAUUCAUCAAUCUCAUCAGUUGGUCCAGUACACAAAUAUUCGACCAAGUGUUUCGCCUCCAUUACCACCAACCUCCAUUGGAAAUCUUCUAACAGUCUUUUCGACACCAAUAUAUAACAGUAGUAGAGAAGGAGACUUCAAUUUGUCAAAAAUAGUUACUGAUAUAAGAAAUUCAAAACAGAAGCUAUUGAGCAGAGACAAUAUCAAAGAAAAUGAGUGGGCUUGGGAGAUAGUAAAUGCAUAUAAAACAGGAAAGGGGACAUUCCAGCAAAGGAAUUGUGAUGUGUAUGUUUCUACUAGCCUAUGCCAGUUCCCGUUCCACGAUCUAGAUUUUGGAUGGGGGAAGCCAAGUAGAGCACGUUUAGGAGGUCAUUUAAUAAGCAAGUUUUUUUCCUUGAUGAGCACACAUGAUGGAGGAAUACAAGUCUCCGUCCACUUGAAUGAACAACAAAUGUCUGUCUUUGAGAAUGACCAGCAUCUUCUCCAGUUUGCUACUCCUACUGGUUAG